GGAGCCUGCGUACGUUUCCUUCUCGAAGCGCGUCGAAGGGACGCACGUACGACGUUCUUUUCGUACGUAGGAAGUCCUUAGUGGUCCUAGUUCUCGCGCGCGUAGCAAACGGCGCGCUCGUGAGUGGCGCGUACGCUACACCUCUCCCCGCCUACUAGACUCUCGAAGCGCGCGAUUGGUCGGCGAUCGUAGGAGCGAGUGGUGGGGGUUGGCCGGCGUAGUGAUACCCGGCCGGCCGAGACUUGCGGCAGAGCCCUCGCACACCGAUAGAGAACGGUGGACUCCAUUGCUGUCCUGAGUGCGUUUCUCGUCGGCCGCUGGUGUCGUAUCCGCUGUGUCUCUGUCUCUAUUUCUCUCUCCGGUAUAUCUCUGCUCUCUGCUCUCUACGCCGCGCCCGCUCGCGCACGCAGCUACACACAAAUUCUUCUCUCCUUUUAUUCUCGCUUGCUUCAAUUUCCUCUGCGCAAUUAUAAUACGCCGUACCGUUACGAGGAGGACGAUAUUGUGAAUAAUACCGCUCGCUCUCUCCCUGUGUCUAGUGUCCAUACGGCUAAAGCUCCGUAACUUUCUCGAAGGAGCCUGAGAAAAAGCGAAAAGGAGGGACAAAAUGGCCGACCAACUAACGGAGGAACAGAUCGCAGAAUUCAAGGAGGCAUUUUCGCUAUUCGACAAAGAUGGUGAUGGUACUAUAACUACCAAAGAAUUGGGCACCGUUAUGCGAUCUCUUGGUCAAAAUCCCACGGAAGCUGAACUUCAAGAUAUGAUUAACGAAGUGGAUGCAGAUGGUAACGGCACCAUCGAUUUCCCGGAAUUUUUGACCAUGAUGGCACGUAAAAUGAAGGAUACUGACAGUGAAGAGGAGAUAAGGGAGGCGUUCAGAGUGUUUGAUAAAGAUGGUAAUGGUUUCAUAUCCGCGGCAGAACUUAGACACGUCAUGACAAAUCUUGGAGAAAAGCUUACCGACGAAGAAGUCGACGAAAUGAUUCGAGAGGCCGACAUCGAUGGUGAUGGCCAAGUUAAUUACGAAGAAUUCGUCACAAUGAUGACAUCAAAGUGAAUGCAACCUGUAUAAUGGAAGAACUUGCGACUUGAAGUGGUGUUGACGUACUAAUAAAAAAAAAAAAAAUCAAGAUGCAGAGUAUAAAAUAUAUGUAAAACACAAAAUGCGAACCAACCAGAAAGUGAAAAACAAAACCUUGUAUCCGGAUGUGAAGUCUACAUAUAUAUAUAUUUAAAAAAAUCCGCGCGGAAGGUCAACGCCCGAUACGCGUUAAUCAUCUCGUUGUCGAUAAGUAAAAAAUACAGGGCAAAUUAACUGUUUAAUUAAAGAGCUAUACUGCUAAAAUCAUUAUCUCUGUCGAGCAUAUAUACUUACAAAAUACAUGACACACACACAACACACACACACACACAAAUACGUAAAAACAAUUAGAAAAAAAAACAUACGCAUAUAACACACAUAUACACAAAUACACCCGCACAGUCGUUUUAUUUCUGUUCAACAACAACACAAGAAAAAAAAACAAGAAAGAAAAAAAAUAUUAAAAAGUGAUAUACAUUUAAACGUAAGAUGCAUAGUUGUGCGCUUAUGUUCUCUAAUUAUAAAAGAAAGAAACUUAUGAAGAGAGAAAGAGAAGUGCAUUUCCUUUUCAUCUCUAUCCGUUUUCCACACUCGUUCUAUCUAUCUCUUCUCAUCUCUUCCUCUUUGCUCUUUAAAUUGUAAAUCUUAUUAUUAUAUCUGUGUCACAUAUAUUUUCCUUCUCCUAUAAGCCUUUUACCUUCUACUACUCAUCUUCAUUUUCAUUGUCACAUCAAUAAAAAUGCACGUCGGAAUAGUGAAAAAUUUUGGUAAAAUGAAGGAGAGAAAUGCGCCCAGAGGAAAUGAACCAGAAGAAAAAGAGAUAGAAAGAAAAAGGAAGAAACGCUACGUAGCGUUAUAUUGCAUCGCAGUUUUACUUACCGCGUGUACAUCUAUCGAUUUUCCUUUAAUUAACGAAGUGUGUAGUGACUGAGAGAAUUGCGGGAUAAUAUCCUGCAGUGUGGUAAAUCCCACUACGAAUAUGUAUGAAUAGCAUAACUAUAUCUUUUAAUAAGGAGACUUCGGUCUGGACCUCAUUUUCUAGGGAGAGAGAAAAAGAGAGUAUAAUAUAAAAGACAGCGAAGAAAUCUGAGUUGUAUGUAGAUUAUCUUUAAAAAAAAAAAAAAGAAAGGAAAAAGAAAGGAAAGAAAAGAAAGAAAGAAAAAAGAAAGAAAGGACAUCCGCCGAUAAGUAG